AUGACAAAUUCUAAAGAUUUCUGUCAGCGACAUGAUGAAGAGACUGUUAAAUUCUACUGUAAAGAUUGUACCGUAGCCGUAUGUUGGAGAUGUUUCGUGGCCGAUCAUAAUGGACAUAAAUUUUUGGAUUUACAGGAAGAUGAAGUCAGAAAAAAUAUCAGGCAGGACUUUAAGUCACUGAAUGAUGAAUUAGAAAAACAAAUCACUAAUUUUCAGCAACAUUAUGAUAAUUUAAAUAUUAAGUUAAUUGAAGUGAAAAACUGCACCAAAACUGAAUGUGAGAAAGUAGAUGCGCAGGUUGUGAAAAUUUGCUCAGAAUUUCAUAAAAUCGGAGAAGAUGUUAAAAAGGAAAUGAAGAAAAAUGGGGAAAAGGAAGAAUCCAAAUUCAGGAAAUUAAUGGAGGACAGUAAAAGACUAACAGAAGAGUUAAAAGCAAGUGUUAAAUAUUCAGUGAACGUUUUAGAAGAUUCGUCCAUUGUUCAAGUUUUACAAAGAUUACCUAAAGUUAGACAAGAAAAAGAUGAAAGUAGCUGCAAAAAAUUGGAUAUACCUGAUGUAAGAUAUUCAACAUUUCAAGAAGCAGACAUAGAUAAAACUCUGUUAACUAAUCAACUUGGUAAAAUUGUAAGCUGUCGUCAGAAAAUGAUUGGUAAAAUUGUAAGUGGUCAGAAGAGUAUGUUUGAAGAAAUUCGUAAUUUGGAUACUGUGGGACAUGGUUAUGGGCAUGAUGGUAAACAACAUGUAGUUUCAGGUUUUACAUGGAGUAUACGUUUACGUCGAGACUCAUCAUCGUCAUUACAUGUUAAAUUAUACCUUGAUGAUGUAGAAGAUAAAAGUAUUACGUCAUGCAAUGUUGACGUCAUAUAUAAAGUUAUAAAUAAAACAGAUGAUAGAAAAUCUGUGUUUAAAAAAUAUGACGGGACUCUCACACCUGGUGGCUGGUUAUAUUGUUAUGAUCUAAUUGACUGGAAGAAACUCUGUAAGUAUGCCAGGGGAUUUACUGAUGGUCAUAGAAACUUUACAAUCCAAGUAACAAUUGAUAAAAUAAGUGGCAUUACAAGACGUAAAUAA